AGAGACUAUCACGUAUCUGCAUAGUACUACUACGCCAACCUGCGCAUCCGGUUGAUAUCCCAAUCUCUACUUCGCAAUUCUUUUCCUUCACCAGCGCGGAUUUUCUAGGACACAAUGUCAGACUUGGACACCAAGUGGACAUUUUCUCAAGAUUUCUAUCACCAGUUCCAAGCUACACGCUCUGACUUGGCUUCCCGAAUAGAUGCCGCUAAAUCUAGUCCUUUGCCCUCAGCACCUGUCCUCAGUGUAGUACAGGAAUUGACAAUAGGGCUGGCCGGGUUGGCAAAAAGUCUCACCGAUGCUACAGGUUCUCUCCCUAGCUAUGACCAACGACAAUGUGAGCUGCAACUGAAAACGUUGGAGAAGUCGUUAGAUGACCUACGCACCUCUGUCACGCCCAAGCAUAAAUUUGCUUUCAAACGCAAGGUCGCUGCUCAACCUUCGAAGCCGGGUACAGACAGAUCGGCUUCCAUCCAAACCCCAGAUACCAAAACGUCGUCCACUGCGCCUGCUUUUACAAUCUCAUCACAUUCGCAUCGGUACCUCAAAACAGACACACUCUUUACCCCGGAGAACUCCACGUUCCAGUCUGAAGUAUCAAUAUCUGAUAUUGAAGAUUGCAUCGUCAAUCUACUUCCCUCGAAGCAGCUGACUGUGGAAAUAUCAGCACUUCAUAUCCAACGUCUGUCCAGUACCGUUCUCCUUAUACCACCAAUCAAAGGCAGUGUCAUCUUACAUGAAUUAUCUAAUUGUGUUGUGAUUUCUGCAUGCCAUCAAUUCCGCAUGCACCGAUCCACUAGUGUGGAUGUAUAUCUUGCAGGAGCGUCCAAUCCCACAAUUGAACAUUGUACCCGCAUACGUUUCGGUACUUAUCCUGAAGCUAUGCAAUUGAGUCCUGAUCAUCAGAAAAACGUGCAACUUUCUAUUCAGGAUUUCUCUCAUAUACGGUCGUCUCCUUCUCCCAAUUGGAGUUCACUAUCAGGUGGUGAAGCUGAUAAGAUAUGGACACAAGUCGCGACAGGUGAUGAAGAAUAUCUCAUGAAUAGCUUGAAAGAGUUUCUUCCUGUAUAAAACCACCAUCACACUCACUCUGUCGAAAAUGGCUAGACCCGAAGGGCCCAAAAAUAUCAAAAGCCCUUGAUUUUGGCCUUUUGCUUCCGGUGAAGUGAUGGUCGGAGGCUUGUGGUUCGUACUCGCAAGCUGUCACGAUAAAUAUACCACCAUCUUUGAUAAGU